AUGUUGCCCAAGGAGACCAGCGAGGACAAGGCCUCCUUGGCCGAGAACAGCUACAAAGUGCGGCGCUUGGUCAUUAGGCUUGCGGCGCCGGUCCCCGGUUCGACCUCGGGGCCUGCGGUUCCUGCUGCUGCUCUUGCAGCGGUGCCGGCAUCGGAUUCGGGUUCGAUCUUUCGGCCUGCAGCUCCAUCGGGGCCAACUUCUUCAACUGUUGCCUUCAUUGACACGACUUCUGCGGCUGCUUCGACGUCGGCAAUGGUCCUAGACGACGACCCUCAAGGGAUCUAUAAUGCCAGCCCUGACAAUCCUCGAAGAACUCACAACGCUCCUCUCCCACACGAGGGCCAUCAAAGCACCUCCAAUGCUCACGUCCCGUUCGAUGAACCUCAAGCCAUGUACUAUACCCUCGUCCCAGCCGCCGCCGAUGACAUGUUCGCUCCGAACAGUACCCACGUCGUGAUUCAAACUCCGUCCCAUCCACGCUUGAGAUUCGCUUCCGAGAUUCAGCGAGCUCAAGUAGCCACACAGGGUCGCGACCACGACCCCGAGGGCAUCGGGUCGACGGACCACCUCCUCGACGGACUUCGAUUGAAUCCGGUCGACCCCAACUUCACUCCACCCGUGUUUGCCAACAGACCUUCCACUGUCAAAAACGAUGUUACUGCGGCCGCUGUCAAGAAGCCGUCUGUUGUCAACCGUCUGCGCUCAAUGGUCUCGAUGUCUCUCCUUCCAGGUACCCGCAGCGGUGGUGGCAUGAGCAACAGCCGCACCACGCCUAACCUUCGACAAUCGAAGAGUACCUAUCACUUCGGCACCCACAAGCAACAGCAAUACGAGAGGAUCAGCGAGGAGAACGAGACUAAUGACGGCAGCGACGACGGCACCGAUGACGGCUCUCUGGCGCCGGACGCCCUGGCAAACCACAUUUCCAAACAUCGACUAAUGACCGAAGCCAAGCUCUCCACCCCGCAUGCCGAACCUGCCCCGUUUCCCCCAUGGAAUGCGAGCGGACUGCAGCCUUCUGGCCGUGGCGACGUCUAUCGAUCGAAUUCUGCCGAGGAGACCGCGACCGGUGCCAGCACCGGUACCACAAGUGCCGAGGAAGCCGAACGCCUGGUCAAGGAACAGAAGAAGGCGAACCGUAAGGCCCGAAUGUAUCACAAGGAGACAGGUGAGGCGGCUGGUGAGAUUGACAUGACUAUUGAGGUGGCACGUGAUGAUAUUGAGACUGAUUGUGUUGAGACUGGUCAGGCUGCUUCCGCCGCUCAAGUCGACCAUCUCUUCCCGCCCUGGGAGACUCGAUACUCGCGAGACAAAAAGGUCAGCGGUGUUAAGAAAGCCUGGCUGAAGCUUGAGGCAUGGGGGAAAAAAUUCAAUCGCAAGUGA